AUGUCUGAAAAUGACAUUGACUAUGUGUUAGAUCACCUAAGAAGGAUAAAGAGUGAAGGUGAUGUGAAUAGCUUCAAGAUUGAUCAAAUUGAGACACUUGAAAUGGAGCUAAGAUUUUUGAGAAGUUCUCUCAAAUACAAUCAUGUUCUAUUGCCUGAUGUCUCAGUCAAAAUCACAAAGAAGGCGAAAUUGAUUGUGGAAAUGCUUCAGUCAGUUUUUGGUGGUAAUAACCUUCUUAAUGUGGAAAGGCUGGUAUCACAUUUGCUGGAAUUCAUUCAAGAUAAUACCAGUUCAAGGUUCAAUUAUGUGCUGGACGAUUGCUUUCUGUUAGAAUAUAUGGAUUACCUUGACAAAAAUCUAUAUGAUGCACUGAGGUAUAUAGUCAAGUCUGACCCUCUCUUGAUAAAGGAAAUCAAAAUCCUUCUGAAGAAAAUGAGGUUUCUAAGAUACUUAUAUGGCACAGAGAUGAGUGGUUACGUUGACGAUGAGAAGUUGAAGGGUUUGCGGACACGAAUUCAGUUUAUGGCUGAAAAUGUAGGACACUUCUGUCUUGCAGUUUGGAUUGCUGAGGAUGGAGAAGAUGCUGAUUCAAAAGAGGAUAACGAUAAUACAUUUACUAUCGAGAGUAAGCCUCCUUAUCUACUAUUCCAGGCUGUGCUAGUGGAGCUGGAAAUGAAGAAUAUUUUUCUCAAUGAACUCAAGGCCUCAAAGUUUACUCAAUCAAGAACUUUCAAAGACAGGAAAUUACCUAAAGGAUUUUCAGAUUAUCUCCGUCAUCUGCUUGUGUAUCUUAGAAAUAAGAAGCUGAAGAACUUUCCUGUCAGUGUAACCAUGCGAGACAUUAUUGUUGUGGCAAUAGAGUUCUUGUUGGUUAUUAUUGGAAAUGUGCCAAAUCAUUUUAUUAAUGGCAAUAGGUUGAAUGAAGUCUUAGAAAAGGUUGGAGUUAUUGUGGGCGACAUACUAUGUGCAAUUCAAAUGUUUCUUGUAGGAUCUACAAUCGAAGAAGACACUAACAAGAUUGAUAUUAGCAUGAUACGGAUAUUGGAGAAAAUUGAAGAUCUAAAGGCACAAGUGGGGACGUGCUACAAAUCCUUUAAAUUCACUCCAUCUCACAAGGUCCCCAUUGUUGGUGGAUUGAGCUUUUUGGAUUCUCUUUUAAGGAAAUUUAAUGAGAUGUUGAAAUCUGAAUCAGGUUUAGAUUUCAUGAUGAAGCCUCAUAUAGUUAUUUUAGAGAAAGAACUCUCAUCUCUAGCAUGCAUUUUUAGAGAUCUUGCAAAGGUACAGCAUGAACAUACAAUUUUACGGCAUGAACAUAUACGUUUUGAAUUACUUCAGAGGCGUACUAUCAGUUUGGCAUACGAUACUGAAGUUGCCAUUGACUCUAUGCUUGCUCAGUAUAAUGCUUUCUGGCAUAUCUUUUGUUCGCUUCCUACAAUUGUAGAAAUGAUCAAUAGUAUUAGUGUGGAGGUGCAUAAGAUGUGGCCGGCUAUCCUUGCUCUUAACCUCUGCUCUGUGGUAGAGCAAUAUAAACAUCUUCGAACUCGACAUAGCAAUCCUGUGAAUGAUGAAGAGAUCGUUGGUUUUGAGUAUGAAGCAAAAGAAAUAAUUGACUGUCUGACUUUAGGAACAAGAGAGCAAGAUGUCAUACCAAUUGUUGGCAUGGGGGGACAAGGUAAAACAACUUGUGCUAGAAAAGUGUAUAAUAAUGAUACCAUUGUUACUCAUUUUGAUGUUCAAGCAUGGUGCAUCAUUUCCCAAACAUAUAAAUGCAGACAACUAUUACAAGAGAUUUUCGGUCAAGACGGUUCCGAUGACAAGGGAGAUGAGGUUGGAAAACUUGCUGGCAUGUUGAGGCAAAGCUUAAUGACAAAGAGAUAUCUCAUUGUCCUGGAUGAUAUGUGGGAUGGUAUGGCAUGGGAUGAAUUGAGGCUUUCUUUUCCAGAUGUUGGAAACAGAAGUAGAAUAAUAAUAACAACUCGACUUGAGGAAGUGGCUAAGAAAGUCAAGUACCAUACAGAUCCUUAUUCUCUUCCAUUCCUCGCACUAAAUGAGAGUUGCAAAUUGUUGCAGAAAAAAGUGUUUCAUCAGGAAGGUUGCCCCCCUGAACUACAAGUUGUGAGUGAAGCAGUUGCAAGAAAAUGCAAAGGAUUGCCUCUAGUGGUUGUAUUGGUAGCUGGAAUAAUCAAAAAGAAUAAAAUGGAAACCUCUUGGUGGCAUGAGGUUAAAAGUUCUCUACUUUCCUAUAUUGGAACUGAAGAAUAUAGUCUGGCGACAAUGCAUUUAAGUUAUGACAACUUANUGCACUGUCAUUUAAGACCGUGCCUUCUCUACAUGGGGAUGUUUCCGAAGGACGUAAGAAUUCCAGUGCCUGCAUUGAUAAGUUCAUGGAUAUGUGAAGGCUUCGUUCAAAGGGAUAAAUCUGGAAAGAGUUUGGAAGAGACAGCUGAAGGUUAAUUGAUGGAACUCAUCAGCAGUAACGUGGUAAUGAUUUCAACGAGAGAAGAUAAUGAUAGAGUCGAAUACUGCCAGGUUCAUGAUAUAGUGCUUCACUUUUGCUUGGAGAAGAGUAGAGAAGAAAAGUUUAUGCAGUCAGUGAAGCUCCAAUUUCGACCUUCUGAUGGGAACAAACACCAAAUCAGCCUCGAUUGGAAUGCCAAUAGUGCAGGCAUAACAUGGAGGUCGUUCCACCAAAACUUGAGGUCACUAAUAAUGAACAAUGCAGGAGAAUUUGCUAACCUGGAUCCCUUCGGUCUGGCUAGUAAAUUGAGACUUCUUAAGGUCUUGGAUUUGAGUUAUAUUAGAGUGAGAGAUUCGUCAUCAGCGACAUUGGAACCACUAAUUCACCUGAAGUACCUUGCAUUUUUCACAGAAUUCUAUUUUCACCGAGAAUCACAUCUGCUGCACCUCGAAACUUUAAUUGUGAAGUGUUUACCCAAUCACACAUCAUUACCAGGAUCCUUUUGGAGAAUGGAAAAAUUAAGACAUGUUGAGAUUAGUAAAGCUGGUUUUGAUUUGAGAAACAAUAAGCUGGGGAUAUUUGAAGAAUCAUCCAAAUUGGAAAAUUUGAGGAUAUUAAGAGGAGUCGUAAUUCAAAUUUGUGAUCCUGAUAGCAUGGAUGUCUUAUUAGGGAAAUUUCCUAAUCUUCAAGAACUUGACAUCAAGUUUUUGGGUUAUGGAGAUAAUGCAAAGUUUUGCCCCAACUUGAAGAGUCUUAUCCAACUUCAAAUACUUCGCCUUUCCUUUGGGGGUUCUAUAAUUCUCUGUGGUUUACAGUUGCCUUCAAAUUUGAAGAAGUUGGUAAUAAUGGGUACUCAUAUAGAAAGCACAAAUGCUUUACUGGCACAACUAGAAAGUCUGGAGUAUCUCCAAUUAAGGGAUUUUAACUAUGAAACGGGAAAGUGGUGCCUCGGAGAUAUCACAUUCCAACUUAAGGUCUUGAAACUGGUGUGCUUACGUAUUUCAAGGUGGGAUGUCUCAGAUGUAUCUUCUCCCUUGCUUGAAACACUUGUUAUAAAGAGGUGUCAUUGGCUCGAGGAGAUCCCCCAUAGCUUUGCAUAUAUUCCAACACUAAAACAGAUUACGUUUAUUUGGUGGGUGGAACAAGAAUCUCUCAAGGCUUCAGCUGUGAAAAUUAAGGAAGAAGUCGCAGAUAUUGAAGGAUACGACCGUAUUGACAUCUCUAUCGGAGUAAGUAGAAGAUAUGUGGGGAAAUCUAAAGCAGCUAUGAGUCAAGCACGUGCUUGUAACAACGACAUGGUAAUUGCUGUAGUGACUGAUGGUGGUGUCGACUGCAAUGUGGAAUUUUCUUGCUACGUUGAUUCCAUGAUUUCAACAUUUGAAUGUGUCCAUGAUAGGUGGGCCGCGGUUUUUACUCGCUUGAGCAAGGAGGUUCUAACUUACAUUCCACUCUUGUUACAGGAGUUGAUAGAACCUGGAUCUGUGCUGAAGCAAUCUAGAUAUCGUUUGCAUAGUGUUAUGUGCGAUUUGUAUUUAAAACUAACAUUUGGUUUGGGCAGUAUGAAUGGAGACAUACUUGGAUGCUUUAGAUCUAUGGGAAGCUGUGGAAGAGGCCUACCGAAUAAUCCCACCAUGGCUCAGACUAAAGCGCACAAGGAAAAGAAGACAAAGAAAUCGAAGGCCAAGGCAUGCCUAUUUGCUUCUGUAUCGUCAACAGUUUUCACACGAAUAAUGUCUCUGAAAACUGCUAAAGAAGUAUGGGAUUAUCUUAAGGAAGAGUAUGCUGGAGAUGAGAGAAUAAAAGGUAUGCAAGUUUUAAACUUAAUUAGGGAAUUUGAAUUGCAAAAAAUGAAGGAUUCUGAAACAGUGAAGGAGUAUUCAGAUAGACUUCUUAAUAUUGCAAAUAAAGUGAGGCUACUUGGCUCUACACUUGCCGACUCAAGAAUUGUUGAGAAGAUUCUGGUAACAGUUCCUGAAAGCUCAAGAGCAAAGAAGACUCAUGAGACACAGGAUGUUACAACAGAAGGGGCUCUUGUCAGUAAGCACCAGGUUGACAAAUUUUUGAAGAAGAAAAAGAAUCAAGCGUUGAGUGAAGGAGAAACAUCAAUCAACAACAAAGGUAAGGGAGGAAGUGCGAAAAACUUUCCCCCUUGUUAUCACUGUGGAAGAAAAGGCCAUCCACCAUUCAAGUGUUGGAGGAGACCAGAUGCUAAAUGUAAGAAAUGCAAUCAAAUUGGACAUGAGGUGGUGAUUUGCAAAAGUAAAGCCCCACAGCUGGAAGAAAAUUCUCAAGUUGUUGAUCAAGAAGAGGAGGAUCUUCUUUUUGUUGCAACAUAUUUCUCAAGUAAGAUCUCAAUAAAUUCUUGGUUAAUUGAUAAUGGGUGUACUAAUCACAUGACUCAUGACAAGAGCCUAUUCAAGGAGUUGAACCACACUAAAAUUUCCAAGUUUAGGAGAGGAAAUGGGGACCAUAUUCAUGUCAAAGGAAUUGGAACCAUAGCUAUCAAGACUGACACAGGCAUAAAGAAAAUUGCUGAAGUACUUUAUGUUCCUGAGAUUGAUCAAAACUUGCUAAGUGUAGGACAUCUGAUGAAAAAAGGAUUUAGACUUUUCUUUGAAAAUGAUCACUGCCAAAUCAGCGACACUGCUGCAAAUGAAAUUUUCAAGGUGAAGAUGAGAGGAAGAAGUUUUUCCUUUAGUCCAACAGAGAAGGAGCAACUUGCUUAUUCCAUGAAGGCAGAUGUAACAGAAAUCUAG